AAGUAAACACAUGUACGCCAUCAAACCAUGGGGAAAUGUGUUUGCAAUUGGUAGUACUAUAGGAAGCUAUGCCAUGGGUAUUGGAAUGCGCUGGAGAGAAUCAAGUGUAACGAUAGUAGAGAAGCGCCCGACUCCAUCUUAUGAACUGCUUAAGUUUAACCGUUGUGUCCUUACCGAACAAACACUGAAGCUUUUAAUUGAUCUAGGGUGCACUGAAAAUAAGCUUCGUUCCAUUUUAAAGCCGGCUUUGGGAUGGCGCUUCAUGAAUAAUCAGAUGGAAGUGCUGAAGGAAAGCAAAACGUUUCCUGGGUGUGCCUUGGGCGAGGCAUCGUUUCAUUGCAGCAAAGGGCUACUCAUGCGCUUGCUUAGAACUGAGUUUCUUCGUUUCGGAGGAACAGUUAUAUGGGGAUCUGAGGCUUACGACGCAUUUGAGAGUAAUGAUGGCACUGAUACGUGGUGUUUGAGGAAAGACUACGGCCUUGGAAACGCGGCCGAGGCGAUUAUUACAACAGCCAAAGACACAGCGCUCCACUCCGCGCUUAUUGCCGAAGACCCCGACCGUAUCGCGAUUCUGUUUGAUGUGGAGACGGGUGUUUCGUGCAUUGACAGCGAAGCGAGUCAGCGCAUCUUUGGAUCGAGCAAUGAUGUAGUCAUCAUAGUUGGUCAGGGCUUUGCUAUGCAUAUUUGGCUGAUGGAUAAAAAUCGCUGCUCAUGGCGACUUGUACGUAAAGCAACGAAAAGAAGUGAGGGCGAAGAAGAUGUUCUCCAACGGUUAGCGACUGACUUAAGGAAUCUAAUAUUUGCAAGCGAGAAUCGAACUCAGCUCAUUUGUACACUCCCGGGAACAACGCCUGCGAUUCGGGACGAUAAAGUGCAUGCAAAAAUUAGUGUAUUGGGGGAUGGGCUGCUUCCAGUGGAUCCUUUUGAGUGGCGUGGCGAUAAUGCACGUUGUGCGAUUGAAGAGGCUUCUUCUAUUUGUCGGCUAUUCUAUGGUAAGAAGUACCAUCGGGGGGAUACUUCUUUCCUCCUACGCAGCAUAGAACAGGACUCGAUCUGUAAACGGGCAAGCCUGUUGAAGCGGGACUUGGUGGACGCAGAGCACUUUUUGGCAUUGCAUCCUGCAUUGGACGAUGAACCAGUUGGACCAAUUGGUCUUGUUGGAGCAAGCUAGCCAGAAUCAUGAGGGUAAUUUUAUAGGUGCUCUCUUUCCUUCGUUGAGAUCAAGUACUGAAAAUAUGGACUUGUAGCCUUAUAAAAGGACCACGAAUGUAGGUGGAUAAAACUACGGAUUUCGUUGAAGGGAUUCCUUCUUUUCCCUUUCUUUAGAGGAAAAAAA